UCAUAUAUAUACAUAUUUUAGCACAUGCAGUUUGAAAAAGUGAUCUGAAUUUAGUUGUCUUAUAUAUUUACAGCGUCUAUUUAUCUUAUAUUUUUACGUGUAUCUAUCUACUGAAACCAGAAAAUCGACCUGAACCCACAGGCGUGAGAGGGAUGACAUGACAACUGUCAAGAUGGGUGAAAGCAGUUCUGUUAAAAUGGUUCUGGAGAUUGACAUUGAUUUGAGUGAAUAUGGCGAAGCAAAUGUCAAGUCAACAGACAAACUAGAACUGGUCAGGCAGUUGGACAAACACAAUGGCGAAAUUGGAAACAGUUCAAUUUUUGACAACAUUUUCCCAAAAGUACUUCCAGUCUUUACAAAUGACAUCCACUACCGAAACAGUUUCUUCCAUCCGACACUCAGAAGAUUCUGUUCGAGUUCAUAUGGACAGAAAACCCAGCCACAAGGAAACUCCGCAGCCCCAGAAGAACGAUGGGCCAUAUUCCCGAAUUGGGAUUUCCGCUCUAUCUUGAAACUCUUCGAACCAGCAGAUAUUACCGAAAGAUUUCCAUCAGGCAUUUUUCGAUCCAGUUAUCAGCUUCUGGUUGACGUUCAGAGUAGUCAAGCGUUUCUGAUAUUAAUAGUCACACAGUCAGACAAGGCAAUUAAUUUUUCACCCUUCAUCGAACUUCACAGACUACUCGGGCAAGUGGCACCGUUCAACAUGAUUACUCCAGUAGUAUUAUUGCCAAAGGGAGUAAAUCAAGAAAGCAUUCAAACCCUGCCUUGCAACCUUCGAAUAGUAUCUGAGAAUGAUGGUAUAUCUAGUUUGGUACCAAGGCCACACCACGAGGCACAUGGUGAUGAUGGAUUCAAGUAUCUCGUCGCCUUGCUUGUUUUCUUGGCACCAAGAUUCAACAGUUUAACCUUGUGCACGAAAGAGUUAAAGCCUCCUAAUCCAGCAGAUUGCGACAGAUCAUUCAAGCUAAAUGACGUUGAACAAGUUUCACAUCUCGCUGACUAUUAUUUCCAAAAUCUAAACGGACCAGUUCAGUCAGUUCCAAGAAUCGACGAAAUCCCAGGAGGUGUAUUGUACGGCCACUGUGAUAAAGAAGGAAACCCUUGUAUCCCAGAUGGUGAUACUUAUAAAGAGUCGGCUUAUAAAGGCGAAUUUCUUGAAUUCUGGGAUGAGUGUGUUGCAAACAUUGAUGAAGCAGCGGGAUUGUUUCUACACAGUUUUAAUGGCUCAAAUUCGAUCAGAGUGUUUUCAAAUGCAUCUUACACUGACAACUUUGAGAUAGAUUGGCUCUACGUCAACAACCACCAACUUGUGGCGAUAGAAGUUGGUCGCUCUUGUGGCAAGACACCUGCAAAAAUCAUCAAAGAGAAAAUUGAACAGAUGCUUACAAGGACUGUUCCGAGAAUUCAACACAUGCUGAUGAGUAUCAUCAAGACAUAUACAACUCACCAGGAACAAACCCAUGAACAACAUAAUACUGUCAGAGCUUAUCUCGGUGAGAACGUUUUCUUCAUUAUUGCACUCACCAAUGUUCAAUUGGAAGACAUUCGUAAAUAUAUCAGCGGCCGAAUCAGUGAUAAUAAAAGAAAACGAAAGACUGGCGAAGAAGACAGAAAACGAGCGGCUGGCAAAAAAGUUGUUAAUGACAUUGAUUGUUCAUCCAGUGACAUUCUUAAUCAAGUUUGGUUCAUUACAAAGGAAACGGUAAAAUCACCCCCAGAGAAGAAAUUUAUUUAUCGAUUCAGCGGGCUGAUGGGACAAUCAUCAUGUUGCGAGCAAACUUUGUGGACAGAUAUCUUGGCAUUUAACAAUAAUCAAGCGGAAUGUCAGAAAACAAGGUUACAUCAUUACAUAGCUGGUAUAAUUUAUCUAUCGUACAGUUUUCAACAACCUUUGAGCGUCCAUGACCGGUUUCAAGAGCAGCAUAAUGAUUAUAUCGAAUCUCGAUAUGGAAACAAAUCUGCGGCGUCAGAUGUCAAAUAUGAUGACAGAAAGGUGUUCCAGUUCCAGUUCCAGUUAUCUGACAUUAUUCUAAGUCCACAGCAGCUCUCAAUUCUGAGAAGUGGCAUUAGAAACCUUGUUGUUUACGGAGAGGCUGGAUCCGGAAAGUCAUCUUUGCUACUCGCGCUUGCAUUAGAAAAAUGCGGGAAACAAGUUUCUUCACCAGAACACGUGUAUUACUUCACACCUGACCGGAAAAGUUCUUUCCAUGAAGAUUUAGAAACAACACCCUGA